AUGAAAAGUUAUUUAAUAACUCACUUACGUUUGCAUAAUGGUUUUCUAGGAAAGACUUACGCUUGUAACUUUUGUAAGUAUAUUUCUUUUCAUAAAAAUUCAUUGAAGUUACAUAUUAGAACUCACACAGGUGAAAAACCAUAUGAGUGUCAUAGUUGUCACAAGAAAUUUAGUCAAAAAGGUAAUUUAGAACUCCAUAGUAGAACUCACACAGGUGAAAAACCAUAUGAGUGUCAUAGUUGUCACAAGAAAUUUCGUCAUAAAUGUACUUUGGAACUCCAUAUUAGAACUCACACAGGUGAAAAACCAUAUGAAUGUCAAAGUUGUCACAAGAAAUUUAGUCAUAAAGGUAAUUUAGAACUCCAUAUUAGAACUCACACAGGUGAAAAACCAUAUGAAUGUCAAAGUUGUCACAAGAAAUUUAGUCAUAAAGGUAAUUUAGAACUCCAUAUUAGAACUCACACAGGUGAAAAACCAUAUGAAUGUCAAAGUUGUCACAAGAAAUUUAGUCAUAAGAGUAAUUUAGAACUCCAUAUUAGAACUCACACAGGUGAAAAACCAUAUGAAUGUCAAAGUUGUCACAAGAAAUUUAGUCAUAAGAGUAAUUUAGAACGCCAUAUUAGAACUCACACAGGUGAAAAACCAUAUGAACGUCCUAUUAGUCAAAAGUAA